AUGGCUGUUGAGAUAUACAAGAAGACGGCGUAUGCCAUGCAGAACCCGGCUCAGAAGAAAACUCCAACUCAUAUUCUUUCUGCCUUUCAACGAGAUCUACCCUAUUACGUCGACAAUGAGUAUAUCUCUUUCAAACAUGAGAAGACCGACCUAAAUCUGAGGUUUUUGAGCAGCCACGAAAAGGCUCAGCAAGCAAUGAUUGCUUCUCCCAACGAUUGUGUUAUAUAUUUCCCACCUGAUGUCGGAAUAUCUUUUGAUCGGGAGAUCGAAAAUCGACUUUCCAAUGAUCUCCAAGCAUGGAAAUUUUUUGAAAGUUUCCCUCAGCCCCUCGCGCGUUUAGGGAUUGAUAUGUCCCACUAUUGUUCUCUUCAAACUCAUAUAUCAUACGACCGACGAGUUCUUCUCCACCAUCAUUUAACGUGGAUCUUCUUGAUGGAUGAGGUCUGCGAGAAGUUUCCAAUUCAUCAGUUGCACGCAAAUGUCGAGAAGUCGUACCUUGGCAAUCUGAAAAAUAUCAUGAAUGGGCUUCCUGUCGCUGACUUGAUGCAAUACGAGAGUCUUUGUCCCAAGGAACUGCUCCAGGAGGCUAUAAAUGUACAAGAAAUCCUUGCCCAAGACCUUAUGCCCCUCAAAAGGAAACUGCUUUCUACUCGGCAUGUCCAGUUAUGUGUCGACACAUUAAGCCUUUUCUUCGAUAAACAAUACGAAGAAGGUCAAAUGUUUUGCGCAGAAGAAACGUCAGAGAAUAUUCUGCGAACAAGAGGAUUCACUAUUGGUACCACUAUGGUGUUCCUUCUAUUUCUGCAACCAGCCCACGUUGAACUCUUCAGUCCAGAGGACCCGUGUCUUAUCCAAAUCUCUAUUUUUAUUGCUCUCUUUCACGAUAUGAUUGGGCUUCAUAAAGACCUUGAGUCCCUACAGAGACACGACGAUGGAUCCGCUUACUUGAAUCUCGUCCGAGUUAGUAUGAGGGAUAAUGAGUGGAGCGAAAUAGAGGCCUCGCGUGUUUUUGCCCAGAUCCUCAGUCAUCACUUCCAGAGCUUUGAGUUUUUCAUGGCAACCUACACGCCUAUACGACAAGAAUACUAUCAUGAAGUUUUGAAAUUCGCACUUGGUCUCUUCGAUUACCAUCUCAUGGGUAUUAUGGAAAGUGGUAACCAACGGUACGGCUGGCAAAAAGUUCAAAGCUAA